AUGUGGUGGUUUUGGACGGCGCGGUCGUCACGACUUCGACGCAGUCAGCCGGGACUGCCGGCGACAAGCAGCCCGGACGCUAAGCUGAGAGGGAUCAGCCGGGCGUGCCGCGAGGCGAUCUUCAUCUACGAUCUGGCCACGCUAGAGUCUGCUAGAGGUGGGAACACCGAGGACAUGGUCGGACAGCUCAUCACGGCAGCCAAGCGCAUCAGGCCGGGGAGCAAGCUACGACACCUGGAUGCUGCGAGUUCUAUAGUAUACGUCCAGGGCGCUGUUCAAGCGGGCAAGGCCCUGCUUCGAAAGGUGAAGGGCCCGAAGAACCCAGCCAAUUUUCUGACCAAGCACCCGCAGAGUGGCGACGAAGUUGCACAAGCUUUGCCUUCCCUGGCUACGGCGGAUCCACGCUACAUCGUGGGAGCCAGCGCCGGGGAGGAGACUCCUGGCGUGGAUCGUCAUCAUGUAGUGCAUCUUGACCUGGACGCUGCGAUGGUGCAGCAGAGCCUAGAGGAGGAACAAAGACACCGUCAAGCGGAAGCGGAGCCCUCCGAGCCAGAAGGGGCCGAGGGCGACCAGGAAGAAGAACAGGAGAACACGCCAGCCGAGGAAGAAGUCGGCACUUCCCUGAUACCUGUGGAAAAGCUCCUUCGUGGGCACGAGACCUCCCACCUGCAGCUCCGGAGCCGGAGCCGCAUGACGGUUCCGCCGCUGAAGCACCACCACCGCCUCAGCCUCAAAACUUCGACGUUGGCAUCCCCCGCGCCAGGCGCAGAUGGCUCCAACCCGGAGCGCGAUUGCCACCACUUCCGAUCCCCAAGCGAAUUGCACGAGGAUCAGCCUCACUUCUUAGUUGGCGAGAACUACACCCCGCAUGUUUUCCAGAACCGCCGGAAUCUCCGCGGAUGGGUCCUCAUCAACAAUGCAGCGCAGACUUUGACUCGACGGGACGGGUGGAAUGCUCGGAUGGCCGACUUGGAGGGCAAAGCUGCUGCAAGCUUGCACAGUUCGGCACGCGCAAUCCGACAACCGGCGCAAUUGGAUGAGAUAGCAUUGCCGCGCUCCCACGGUCAACGAUCCGAAGUGGUUCCGCUUCCAGAAGCCAAUGCUAUGUGGAAGGAGGCUGCAGCCUUGGAGGAUUUCCCGAAAGGGCAACUCGAUGAGUCCAGACAGCCGCUGGAUCUCUCGGCCCAGAACAGCUGGUCGAGACGACUGGAAGAGGUUGAAACUCUUGAGCUUCUGCAGACUCUAGCCGCGAACACCGCAGCCCCAUUCAUACUUUGCAGCAAGCUUGCUGCAGCGCUGGCUCCAAAAGAUGAGUCUGAACCAUACGGGCACAUCGUCAACGUGAGUGCAUUGGAGGGCAAAUUCUCCGUAAAGAACAAAAGCCCGGGGCAUCCACAUACGAACAUGGCGAAAGCUGCUCUGAACAUGAUGACACACACUGCUUGCAAGGACAUGUAUCGACGCCGGAUAUUGAUGAAUUGUGUGGACACGGGCUGGGUGACGGACAUGGCGCCUGGCGGCGUCGGUGCCGUCGCGGCCAGCCAUGAGACCUGGAUUGGUCCACCGCUGGAUGAGGAGGACGGGGCUGCUCGUGUGCUUGAUCCUGUCUUCAGCCAUCUUCUGGAUCCGACAUGGCUGCUGCGUGGGAAGUUCUUCAAGAACUACUAUGUUUGCGGCUGGUGA